AAAAACGCAAAAAUGUCUGUCUCGCUUUUGUUUAGUCUGAGCAUUUUGGCCGCGUCCGUGACGCCGGUUCUGUCGUCAUGUGCCUACGGCACUCACCUGAUGCCCAGAGCAGAGGGUGGUGAGGUCAAGGUUGGCAAGUUCGGAUACGCCGGUUCUAUUGCGCCCGCCAACUGGGUCGCCCUUGACCCUACUGCCAACGCUCUCUGCAACACUGGUACCAAUCAGAGCCCCAUCUCGAUGACGGCCGGAAACUUCCAGGUCGUCCAGGCCGCCGAUGUUCAGCUGGAAAUCCCCGACUUCCCGGCCACAGAGUUUGAGAACCUCGGUACCACCGUUGAGGUCAUUGCCAAGGGUGGUAAGAUGACGGUUGCUGGCGUGAGCUACGACCUCCAACAGUUCCACUUCCACCUUCCUUCGGAGCACUUGGACAACGGCACGAGCAUGGCCAUGGAGAUGCACAUGGUUUGGCAAUCCGCCGCCAAGGAGAUUGCUGUCAUUGGAAUGUACAUUGACAUCGAGGGCAACCCUGCCGCCGCUGCCCCGGCCGCUGCCCAGCCUGCCCGCCGCCAUGCUCGUCACCUUGAGGCUCGCGAGGACGCCGACCCUAGUGCUCCCCUCCCCGGCAUGCAGAAGAUGGGUGAGACGGCCCGCGUCGCCGCUGCUGCUGUCAAGUCCAACCUUCUGGCCACCCUCAUGCCCGAGGUCUCCAAGAUCGCCACUCCCGGUACCAAGACCGAGACGCCGCCGCUGGUCAUGUCUGAGCUGGUUCAGCAGAUCAAGUCGGGCUCUUUCCAGAGCUACUCGGGCUCACUGACCACACCUCCUUGCAGCGAAGGUGUCCGCUGGCUCGUGUCGACCCAGAAGCUCGCCAUCUCGGCCGAGAACUUCUUCUCCAUGCGCAACGUCAUCGGCUUCAACGCCCGCUUUGCCCAGAACAACCCCGGCCAGCCUAACCUGAUGUCCCUUGCCACCGCUUCCACCGGAGGUGCCAAGAACUCCACUGGAGGUGCCAAGAACAAGCAGAAGCAGCAGCUGACUGAGGCUGAGAAGGCAGCCAAGAAGGCGCAGAAGGCAGCCAAGAAGGCUGGCAAGGGCAACAACGCCACUGCUCCGGCAGCUCCCGCUGCUGCCGUUGCUGGCGCCCUCCUUGGUUCCACAUCUUUGUAA